CAGUCAAACUCGCCAGCCAAGCCAAGCGCAGCUCAAGCGGAGGGUCCCCGAAACCAAAAAGGCUUACUUCCUUCCAACGGUGUACCGCAUCCACAAGACAAUCAACCAAAAAUGAAGUCUCUGUUACUACUCUCCGCGAUAGUGACGAUUAUUGCGGCCCAGAGAGACUACACCACACCGGUACCUAUACUGAAGCAGAUCAACAGACACAACGAGGAUGGCAGCUACAGCUACGGUUACGAGGCAGCGGACGGUACGUUUAAGAUCGAGACCAAGUACCCGAACGGUGAGGUGCAGGGCAAGUACGGUUACGUAGAUGACGGUGGCAAGCUGCGCGAAAUCGAGUACGGUGCGAGUAAUCGCGGUUUCGAACCUCAGGGUACGGACAUCAACGUGCCACCACCAACGUUGAGCAACAGCAACUACCCACCGCUCGGCCCGAACGAAGAAGAUGACGGCCAGUACCGGGAGGACCCGAGCAUCUACUACAAGGACUCGCGUUACAACUCGAAACCGGCACCGUACAAUCCGCGCCCGGCCCCGGUAGCGUACAACCCGGCACCGCAACAGUACUACCGCAACACGGCUGCACCGGAACCGGCAGCGCCCACCUACCAGCCACAGCCACAGCAUCGAUUCCAGGCGCCACAGCAGCAGUACUACCAGCCGGCUGCACCCGUGCCACAGCAGCGUGCCGACUACUGGCACCCGAACGCCAAGGUGGACAUUAACACUGGCUCGUACUCGCUUAGCUAUACCGGCAGAUAAG